GAGUGGGAUCAUUUAGGAAUCUUGCCAAUAUGUGACAGAAGCAAUUGAACGCUGAGCGAGAAAAGUAGCAAUUGCUGAACAUCGCAGAGAGAAAACUUUACUUUGAAAAAGACAGCACAAAACGUUCCAAAUGGCUGAACAGCACUCCGACCUGGAAAAGGCCAUCAACACUUUGGUCACAAAGUUCCAUGCCGCUGCGGCCAAUAAAGGUCCCACGCUCCAAACCAAAGAGUUCAAAGACCUCCUCGCCUCCCAGUUGCCCAACUUAGUCAAGACUGGAGGCUCAGAGCAAGGCCUGGGCAAGAUGAUGAAACAGAUGGGUGUGUCGGAUGGCGAGGGAAUCACCUUCAAGCACUUCUGGGGCUUGAUCCAGUCACUGGCCACCACGCAGCAUGAUCUCAUUAGUAAGAAAGUGUCCAAGAGCAGCUGUGUGCUCCUGUGAGGUCCAUGCCUUCUGAUGGUGGUGUGAGCCAGGGGGAACCAGACAGACCUGGACACUCACAUAGUACUCACCCCUCCCACUACAGGCAUUUUAUUCCCCACGCUAGGUAGUGCCAGCAGUGCUCAUCUCCUUGAUUUAACAUCAUCACAUUUGUUUUUGGGGUUGACAUGACGUGGAAACAAUGUUGAUUUUGCCCAUUGGGGUGGAACUCUGGGCUAUUCCUGUGGUAUCUGACCUGUGGUAUCCAGACAUUGUGUGGUAUUUUGGAACAUUUUACUGCAUGAAUUUGUUAUUGCUGGGGUACAAAUCCUGUGGUUUUGUAUGGUAAAUUUGUUUUGUUUUUAUGUGGUAAUUCAAUGUUUUUUGUUUGUGGUUAUUUGGUGUAACCACAUGGUAUGGUAAUUGUUGUUGUAAUGGUAAAUUGUGUGGGAGCUCUAUACCACAGGAAUUCAGGUUUAUGUGGUAAUCGUGAUCCUAGCUGUACCACAAGGUUUUUUAUGGGAUCUAUAUGGUCCUGUGGAACUUUUUGGUGAACAACUGGUCCUGUGGUAACUGAAACCUAUUGACAUACUAUUAGUAAAAAUACAAUAAAAAGAAACAUGACAGAAAGGAAUGAAUUACAAUAACAAUAAAAGACUUAACUCCUAAAAUCA